CAGCCAGCUGGCCGGUGCACAUCGCAGCCCGAGCAGCACCACAGCCCGCCGCGCGCACCACCCCACCAGGAUGGCGUCGGUCCGCACUUGUAAGGGAGGCGAUGUCCUCCGGUGGCGCGUCGUCCUCGCCGUCGUGGCCGCGGUGGCCGCCGACUGCGCCUCCGCCAACGUCGUGACCCCGGCCGGACUGCCCGUCAACAGCCUGCAGCAGCCGCUGCAGCAGCCGCCCGUGCCGCCCACCCCCGAGCCCAUCCCCAGCGGCGGCCACGCCGUCGGCGCCGCGCCCAGCGGCUUCGUCCCCAUCACUGCCUCGCCCCCGCCCGCCAUGGAGGUGGCCAGCGGCAGACAGGCUGCUGCCGACGCCGGCAACUGGAGGCUCGUCGGCAAGCUGCUCCUGGACUGCUCCCGGACCGGCGACCUGGUCGGCUGCCUCAAGCUCAAGGCGGUGGCCACCCUCGGCCGCGCCCUCACCUCGGACGCCGCCAUCCCCAUCAUGGAGGACCUGUCUCUGGCCAGGGACCCCGACGCGGACGUCAAGGUCCCGGAGACGCCGCAGACCGAGACUGAGCUGGAGGCCACGCUGCCGCGCGCGCUCGAAGAGCGCUCGGGUCGUUUGGACAGGCUGCUGCUCGAGCGUCUCGACGCCUUCAUCCGCUCCAGGACAGUGCAGUUCAGCAUGCCCCUCGGGCUCGGCGUCUUCGAGGGGCGCGGCAAGGGCGGCCUAGGCGGCAAGAAGGGCAUGGGCGGCUACAUCCUGCUGCUGGUGGCCGGCAUGAAGGCCAUGAUGAUGCAGAGCGCCAUGGGCGGCAUCGCCAUGAUGUCGGGCAAGGCGCUCAUCAUCGCCAAGAUCGCGCUGCUGCUCGCGCUGCUCUGCUGCCUCAAGAAGGGCGGCGGCGAGGAGCACAAGUCGCAGAUCGUCUACGCGGCCCCGGCCGAGCACAGCGGCGGCGGCGCCGGCUGGCAGAGCUCCGGCGGCGGCGGCGGCGGCGACUGGAACCGGCGCUCCGCCAACGACCCCAACAACUACGCGCAAAGCUACGCCUACAGCGCGCACCACCGCUACUGAGGCCGGCGGCCGAGUGAAGAGCCCUGACGGCGCUCUGGCUCGCAGGUUAGGCGCCCAAGGUGGCGGUGCGGAAAGGACCUCUUAAUUGUUGGUAGUGCUCUUCACUACUGGUUCUCCCAGGCAUAAAAGUCCUCUUUCUGUCUCUCUCUCACUCUCUUCUUCGUUGCUUUCUCUCAUACUAGCUCCAACCCUAUUCUUCGAUGUCUCUCUUUCAAAUUCUUUUGGCAUUUCUCUCCUAUUUCCAACCCUCUUGCUCCGAUUCAGCAGAUCUUUUCAGGGGAAAGAGGGUGAAUCAUGCUUUUUGCCUACUUUUAGGCGGUCCAAGUGGUAAGAAUUUCAUGGCUUUGCUUCUCCUUUUCCCUCCAGCAUGCCGAUUUACCUUACUUUCCGGAUGAGUAUCGUAAUAUUUCUUCUUUUUCUGUUUUACCUUCUAACCGUUGUCUUCUAUAGCUGCAUUGGGAAGGGACAUUUCUCCAGGACCUGCAAAGUAACGAAUGCCCGAUAACAGGCCGACACCUUACGCGACGACUUUGAAUUCUAUAUCCUUCAGGACACACUUACUUUUUUGUACUACCCAAGACGCCAAGACGCUGAGCACGGAACGUGACAAACUGGUAACGAAUACGCCAUAUGAUGUACCAUACUAACAUAUAAACGAUUAACAAUUUAAUUGUACCUCUCACAAUACUGUGAAACUAGACUACCUCAUUGUCAUAAUGUAUAAUCAAAAGCCAAAGACGUGUUAACCCCCCCCCCCCUUAAUGAAUUCAUAUUUUAUGAUACUACCGUGGUAACCAUUCUAACUACUCAAUUACCGUAUUAUUAUUACUUCAAUAAGUCUUAGCCUACUGUUUUUAAAGCUGUACCCAUCUUCUUCAUCGGCAAUCUGUCUUAAAUCUAGUCAGUCCCUUUCCUUUAUUAAUUCUACUGUGCCUGGUGUUUCCCACAGGCUCAAAACUUUGUUGUGUAUUAUCUGAUUUUUUUCUUAUAUGUGCUACCUUGGAGAUUGCAAGGCAUGUUUGUAACAAAGACAAUAGAUAUUCUGUAAUUUAAUCUUUAAUUUAUGUAAUUUAUUUGUUGAAGUUUGUCGUAAAGUGAAGAGAAAUACAUAGAAAAUACAGAAACA